AUGUCGGACGAGGAACACCAUUUUGAGUCGAAGGCUGAUGCAGGUGCCUCCAAGACUUUCCCUCAACAGGCUGGUACCAUCCGUAAGAAUGGUUACAUAGUUAUUAAGGGCAGGCCUUGCAAGGUUGUUGAAGUCUCCACCUCCAAAACCGGCAAGCAUGGACACGCAAAAUGUCACUUUGUUGCAAUUGACAUAUUCAACGGCAAAAAGCUUGAAGAUAUUGUUCCGUCCUCCCACAAUUGUGAUGUGCCCCAUGUCAAUCGUACUGAUUAUCAGCUCAUCGACAUCUCCGAAGAUGGUUUUGUUUCGCUUCUGACUGAAACCGGGAACACCAAAGAUGACUUGAAGCUUCCGACUGAUGAAAAUCUGCUUGGCCAGAUUAAAAGUGGUUUCGAGGAGGGAAAGGAUCUCGUGGUGAGUGUCAUGUCUGCAAUGGGAGAAGAGCAGAUCUGCGCCCUGAAGGAUAUCGGUCCUAAGAACUAA